CAAUAACUUGUUACUUAUACUUGAAGUUAGAGUUAGAUCUAGAAUAAUCUAGAUCUAUGACUUUAAGUUAAAGUUAAAGUUAUACCAAACUUUAGUAUUAUUAUUAUUCUUGAUCUAGUCUACUAUUGUCUAGUAGUCGUAGUGUAAUUCUGUAUUUGUAUGAAGAAUGGCAGCUAAUAUUCUUGGCAUGGCAUUUAUACCAUAUUAUGAUCAUCUUAUGAAUUUACUAAAAACUAACCCAGAGCUUCAUAAAACUGCUAGAGGUAUUUUUAAACAGGUUGCUUGGGGAGCUGCUGGAACUAUUGCAGGAGGUGUAGUUGGUGGUCCAUUUGGAGCUAUGGUUGGUGGUGUUGCUGGUUCAUUUAUCGGUUAUAGAAUGAGUGAUGAUUACCAAUCACUUAUCGAAGUGCUGCAAGAUCUGACUGAUGAAGAAAAGGCAGAGCUUGUGAAAAGAGUUCAAGAACUUGUUGGUGGAACAACUAUUGAAGCUUUAACUAGGUUUAUAGGUACCCAAGCUCAGCGUUCUUCUCUCCUACACUUACUGCGAUCAGCAGCAUCAGAAUUGUCAAAAGGGGCUUAACCAUCAUGUUGAUAUUUAACAUCUAAAUUAUUAGUUUUAAUUCAGUUCUACACAUGAUUGUUAGUUGUUUAUAAAAUAACAUAUUAAAUCUAUGUAUUAAUGCAAGGUUUAAAGAAGAUAAAUAUUAUUGUACUUUGAACUUUCUUUUAUUCUCAUUAUUGUCAAAAUAUUGGCUCCUUAUUAUUUACUAUUGAUUGUAAAAAAAAAUCUUGUUGUACACAAAAGAACACAUUUACAGUUUUGUACAUAAAAAUAUUUAUCACAUUUUCUUUUAAAAUAUUUAUGUAGUUAUCAUAAUUCUUCUAUCUGUAAUGCAAUUAAGAGAAUUCUUUUUAUGCUGCUUGUUAAUUUAUUACCUAAACUGCAAAGUGUUGGCUUUGGCUUUAACAAAGUUUUUUUUUAAAGAGAACACUGAUUGCAAGUGGCCAUUAAUUAAUCCUUUCUGCUCCACUUCUCAAAUUUUGAAGCCAAAGACAUGAAGUAAACAUACAAUGGGACUAAAACUGUAUAAAUAAAAUAUUUAUUUUUUUACUCAAAACUGCAAUAUUUUCAAAAGUGUGCUAAUUAACUGUUAGUUGAAAUAAGCAUUGAAUAUAUUCUUUAUGAUUUCCACAUUUUUAAUGAGCUUCAUAGCUGCAUGUCUCUCUAUGGACAUUGCAUCUUAUGACCCAUUUUUUUAAUUUAGUUUGGUAAAAAAAAAUAAUUCCUAGGUAAGAUUUUUUUUUUACUGGGACUGUAAAAUAUGAGGUAUAUUUCACCUGGCUGAUCUAAUAACAUUAUAUUGUUUAAAUGGUUGAAAUAAGAAAUAGAAUCAGCAUCAGAGCUUAUAUGUUUUACAGAGACUAUAUUUUCUUACCAUCCUAGGUCAAAGUUUAUUAUUAUAGAAAUAUUUGUGAUCUUGACAAGAGUUUCAAUGCUUUUUUUAAAUGCAAAUGUAUAAUUCAUUAAAUAUUUUUAAUUAAAAAAAAAAGAAAAUCUAUACUAAAAUGACAUGACUCAGAGAAGAUCACACUUAAUAAGUACAUAGGUUUUCUAAAGAAGUUUGCAAUUUCCACUAUGUAGAAUCUCAUCUGAAUCCCUUAUAAAUUUUAAAUGGUUAUUUUUAUAUUGUGUUUCAAGCCAGCACAUUAAUUGGAACAAGAUGUACAUUAUCUUAUACAUGAUAUUUAGGCAGUUGGUUUAUAAACUGCUCAAUAUUGUUUGUUGAACAUUUAAUAUAAAAAUUUCAUUUUGUUUUUAAUAUUAUAUUUCUUAUAAAAAUUUAUUACGAAUUCUUUAUGAGAAAAUUGAAAAAUUCUUUUGCUAAAUUAGAAUCUUUGUAAAAAAAAAAAAAUUUCUAUCUCUGUGAUAAUGAUAAGAAUUUUUUUUUUCUGUACUUUCAGAGUUUUCUGUCAGAAAUUAAAUAAAGAUGAAAUACUAUUAUUUCGUUUUAAUUUUUUUUUACACAUUUUUUAAUAAAUAAAAUAAUGUGUGCAUUAAUUGAUCUUUAAAAAGCUUCAAAUCUCCAGAAAUAAAAAUAUAAUAUUUCAGAAAAGAGAAGAUUAUUGUCACCUAGCCCAAACCUCCCUGGAUAAUAGUUUGGAACCUGGGUUCAUUGUGAUGACAGCCUUUGGCAUAUAUCAGUUGACCAACCAGUUCAUGCUUAAUAGUGCAUGAUUCAUGAAAGUACGAUUUUUUUUUCCUCCUUCAUUGUUCUUUUUAACCUGAAUUUACAUAUAUAGCACAAUACAAAGUAUGCUAUAUAUAAAUAUCUGUAGAUACAAAACAAGUAAAUCAUAAGCAUCUAGUUUCAUUGGAAUAUCUAAACUAUUAAAAAAAAACAAAUUGACUUUCAUACAUGCCAAUACUUUCUAAGAUAUACUGUUUAAACAUAAUCCUUUUUAAAAGGGGGGAGAGAGGUAUGGAUACAAAGUUCAUUCUAAUAAGUAAUGUACUUAACAAGUACUUAUCCUCUUCUUUAAAAUAAUGCAUUUAAUUAAUUACUUCAAUAAGAAAAAAGAGACAGUUCAAAAAUAUUUAGAAUUAGCAUGUAGAUCUUCAUAUUGUCUUUUU